UCCCAAGAUAAAAUUCCAAAUAGAAAAAGAAAGGCUGAGCUCACAAAAUCUUUCCCUUUACGUUACAACAACUACAUUUUCACAAUUCCCUAAACAUCCUCUCCAGGCAACAAAGCGAAAAAGGGUCUUGCCGCUUACCUGCAUAAAAAGAAUAGUUAAAAAUCAGAUUAAAUAAUUGAAAAAGUGAAGAAAAAUUCAUUGUUCUUGAUUGGUUUUUUGAUCAAACAAGAGAAUCCUUCAAAAAGGCAAUCAAACAGUGUCAAUGAAGAAUUAAUUGAAGGGCCAAAUCAAUUUAAGAGAUGGGCACCAUCUUUUCUGGCACUGUCUGUUUUGCUCAUCUCUGCACACUGUCCCCCACUUUUCCUUUUUCCGGCAACAGAAGUCAUCGGAGUUUUGAGCAAUAUGAGUAACAACAAAUCUGUCAAAGGGCUGAAGAAGAGUAGUGGUUGCUGGAAUAAUUCGAGUAUAAUGCAGUGCUUCUCUUCUAAAGACCAGAUGAGAGUGGAUGAAAUUUUGAAGUUGUCUGAUUCUUUUGAUGAUGUCCAGCCAAGGCCUGAUACUGUCAACAUAGAAGAAGCCGAGUCAUCACUUCGUGAAGGUGGUGGUCUUAACUAUGAGGAAGCAAGAGCGUUGUUAGGAAAAUACGAGUAUCAGAAAGGAAACAUAGAGCAAGCUGUACGUGUAUUUGAAGGGAUUGAUAUUACCUCAGUGACUCCCAGGAUCAAACUUACUCUUUCCAGAAUAAGAGAUCGUCCAAAAAGGAGGUCUCGUAGUGAUCCCGCCCCACCAAUGUCAUUACAUGCUGUGAAUCUGUUUUUCGAGGCCAUGUUACUCAAAGCAAAAUCAUUGCAGUCCCUUGAGAGGUCUAAAGAAGCUGCUCAAUCAUGCAAAGUUAUUCUGGACAUUGUUGAAUCGUCAUUACCUGCUGGCUUGCCUGAAAACUUUGGUGCUGACUCUAAAUUGCAGGAGACUCUGAUCAGGGCUGUGGAGUUUCUUCCAGAACUAUGGAAGCUUGCUGAUUGUCCGCAUGAUGCAAUUUUGUCUUACCGGAAAGCCCUUCUGCAUCGUUGGAAUCUUGACGCUGAAACUUCUGCUAGGAUACAGAAAGAGUUUUCUGUUUAUCUGUUAUAUAGUGGUGGCGAGGCAAGUCCGCCGAGUUUGCGUUCACAAAAGGAUAGUUCGUUUGUACCUAAAAGCAAUCUAGAAGAGGCUAGUCUGCUGCUACUGCUUCUGUUCAGAAAACAGAUUAGAAAAGAAAUUGAGUGGGACCCCUCAAUUGUGGAACAUUUAUCAUUUGCUCUAAGUGUUGCUAAUCAACCCCAGGCCUUAGCCUGGGUGAUAGAAGCAUUGCCUUCUGGGAUUAUUGAGAGAAAGGAAAUGUACCACACUUUAGCUCUUUGUUAUCAUGCACAUGAUGACACUUUUUCUGCCUUAAAUCUUCUAAAAACGCUAUUGCAUCAUUCAGAGGAUCCGAAUCAUAUCCCUGGCCUACUAUUAGCGUCAAAAAUCUGCAGUGAAAACCCUGGCUUGGCAGAAGAGGGGGUUGCUUAUGCUCAAAGAGCUCUAGUUUUCAAGGAGGAUAGGUGUCAUCUUACAGCAGGUUGUAUGUACACUUUGCUGGGAGUGUCACUUUCAGAGUAUGCUGAAUCAGCAGUCUCUGAUUCUGAGAGGGUAACUAGGCAGUCGGAAGCUUUACAGGCACUGGAAUCUACUGGGAAUUUGACAAACUUAAGUGACUCUUUAUCUGUUUACCAUCUAAGUCUACAGUAUGCUUUGCAGAGAAAGUUGGAACCUGCAGUAUAUUAUUCUAAGCAAUUGCUGAAGUUAGAAGGUGGAACUAAUAUUAGAGGAUGGCUUCUGUUAGCACGGAUUUUAUCUGGGCAGAAAUGUUAUGCUGAUGCAGAAACAGUCACAGAUGCUGCUCUGGAUCAGACUGGGAAGUGGGAUCAGGGAGAGCUGUUGAGAACAAAAGCUAAACUCCAAUUUGCUCAGGGUUAUUUGAAAAAGGCUAUUGAAACGUAUAUGAAACUUCUUGCAGUUUUACAAGUAAAAAAGAAGAGCUCUGGAUCUCCGAAGAUUGAUAAUCAUGUUUGGAAGUUAGAACUGCAAACGUGGCAUGAUCUGGCAUGUAUUUAUAUCAACUUAUCACACUGGAAAGAUGCUGAGAUUUGUCUGUCUAAAUCCAAGGCCAUCAGUCCUAAUAGUGCUUCCAGAUGGCAUAUUAUAGGUUCAUUUCAUGAAGCAAAAGGCCUUUACAAGCAAGCACUUGAUGCUUUCAACACGGCCUUAAAUAUCGACCCAUGUUAUGUUCCAAGCUUAGUCUCCUCAGCUUUGAUACUCAAACAGCUCAACUGUAAGCAUAAUUCAGUGAUUAGGAGCUACCUAAUGAAUGCGCUGAAGCUUGACAGGACUAAUCAUGUUGCUUGGUAUAACCUGGGAUUGCUCUGCAAAGAAGACAACGAAUCGUCUGUUGCAGAUGCUGCAGAAUGCUUUGAAGCUGCCGUAUUUCUUGAAGAGACUGAUCCCGUGGAACCCUUUAGAUGACCAAAUGCGAUACCAAGACCUGAUCCUGUAAGUGUAGCGCUCAUACAUAGAUACAGAGUAGAUACCUCUUUUUGAACUUCUUGGAAGAGCAAUAAAAGGAGAGAAUUCCCCCUUGUUUUUCCCGAGUAUAUUUCUUAAGAUGCCUUUGUAAAAUGAAUAGUUUGCUGCUUUCUGUAAAUAAUUAAAUUAGUGGACAUGAUAUGCAA